AUGGUGGGCAACUUUACCGCUAGGCUGGAAGUAUUCAGUAUCAAGAUCGGCGAACUUACGGAUGACUCUCAAAUGACGAAGCAACAGAUUUCUGAAACACAGAUUAUCGUAACCACGCCGGAAGAAUGAGACGCUGUGACGCGUAAAAGCACUGACACCAGUCAUACAAAUCUCGUUUCGGCUGAUCAUUAUUGAUGAGCCUCACUUGCUUCAUGACGAGGGUGGUCCAGUUCUGGAGCAUCGUUGCUCGAACAGUCUGCUGCUCUGCCCAAUUAUCAGGAUAUCACCACCUUCCUUCGCGUCGAACAAUCGAAAGGACUCUUCUACUUCGACACUUCUUAUCGACCUUGCGGACUGCAGCAACAGUUUAUUGGAGUCACAGAAAAGAAGGCGAUCAAGCGGUACCAACUGAUGAACGGAGUCUGCUACGAGAAGGCCGUCGACCAAGCUGGAACCCUGGUCUUUGUGCAUCCGCGGAAAGGGACAGCGAAAACGGCGAAAUUUCUGAGAGACAUGGGCGGUGGAGAAGGAGACAAUUACUCAGUUUGUCAAGGCUGAUGGCGCUACACGGGAAAUCCUAACUGAAGAAGCCAACAAUGUCAAGGAUUCCAACUUUCGCAAUCUUCUUCCUUUCGGUUUCGGUAUUCAUCACGCUGGUAUGUUCAUUCCCUGGUGGAGAAGUUGUUUGCGGACGGAUCUGCUCAGGUCCUCGUGUGUACUGCGACACUAGCCUGGGGUGUUGAUCUGCCAGUGCAUACGGUGAUCAUAAAGAGUACCAAAGAUCUACAACCCGGAGAAGGGUCGUUGGGUUGAGCUGUCUUCACAGGAUGUGCUCCAAAUACUUGGACGUGCAGGACGGCCGCAGUCUGGCGAAGGCAUCAUUAUCAUUAACCAUACCGAACUCCAGUACUAUCUGAGCUUGCUCAA